ACAAAAUGUUACCGUUAGUCCGACGACAAAAGCGGUAUCUUGACGUCUGUUGAUGGUCAAAAUUUAAGAUAUUUUUACAUCAUUUCUGCCUCUCUGACUAUAAUUUUGAACCUUGAGGAUCUUAAGAAAAGGUUGAAAGAUGGAGGAGGAAGAGGAGGUCAUGAUGGAGCAAGGUCAGGUGGAGCUAGAUGAACAGGUGGAUAGAGAGGCAGUGAUCAUCAUGAACGCCCUGGCAGGAGAACCACAUGGAAACACCACGUUUCAGAUCAUCAGCCAUGAUGGUCAGGUGAUGGACAUAGCGUCUGAGGAUGGACGUCAUGUGACCCAACAUCUAGAUGAGAACGGUCAACCUGUCAUCUCGGUCAACUUGGCUUUUACUGAGGAAGGUCAGGUACUGCAUCCAAUGGAAGGAUCAGAGAGCAUCUAUGUACAGAUACCGGUAGAGCAAGAGAGCAGUGAGAUGGGGGUCCAAGAAGAGCUUCCUCAUGAGAUGGGGGUCCAAGAAGAGCUUCCUCGUGAGAUGGGGGUCCAAGAAGAGCUUCCUCAUGACCCUGCCAGCCAUCCUUCAGAAAGCUUUGUUCAGAUUGUUGGGAGACAUUCGUCCACUUUCCCUGAUUCGUCACUUCCCCAAGCAGAGUCGACCAAUCUCAAUUUAGAAACAAUGGGUGAAGAUGCACAACCAACCAAUCAGGGCGUGGAUACUGUCAUGCUUGAAACCGAGUUGACCAAUGAGAGUGCAGAUACCAUGACACCAGAAGCUGAGUUGACCGAUGAGAAUGCAGAUCCUGUCAUACUGGUGUCUGAGAUGACCAAUCAGAGCGCAGAUACCAUGACACCAGAAGCUGGGUUGACCAAUGAGAAUGCAGAUCCUGUCAUACUUGUGUCUGAGAUGACCAAUCAGAGCGCAGAUACCAUGACACCAGAAGCUGGGUUGACCAAUGAGAAUGCAGAUCCUGUCAUACUGGCGUCUGAGAUGACCAAUCAGAGCGCAGAUACCAUGAUUCCUGAAGACCAACCUCAAACCAAUGCAGAGCCAAGGUCAAGCUCUCUAGAAGUUCAAGAAAUACCAGACAGUGAUUCCAGUGUGAAGAUCAUUGAGGCCGCGGCGUCAAGUACUACCCCUAGGAAAGCGUAUGUAAAAAUUGCAGUUAAGACCCCAGACUCGCCCAAACAAAUCUGCCAUUACUGCUGGCGAGAGUUCCGGACCGAGCGCCAGCACCGCGCCCAUGAGAAGUCUCACGCCAGGGAGCAUUCGCCCUACCUGUGUCGCUACUGCAGCAAGUUCUUUGAGACGGACGGCCAGCGCCUGAAGCAUAUGCGACAGAAGCACUCCCUCGCGAAGUGCGACGAGUGUGGGGCGUGCUUUGAAGAUGAGGCACUUCUGCAGAGGCAUAUGAAGAUGCACAGUCAGGUGACCAUGUUCAUGUGUGAUGUCUGUGGCUCCACGUUCACCAAGAAGAGCUACCUCACCUUCCACAUGGUUGUGCACGAGAAGGAAGACCUGAGCGAGAGGAUGAGCAUGAAGGAAGUCGAUGAAGGGAAAGUCCCUGCAUUACCCUCCAAAGGUCAGAAACAGUUACAGAUUGUGGAUGAUGACGAGGAUGAUGACGAUGUUGGAGAUGGAGGGAAUGACCCUGAUGAUAGCGACUGGGAGGAACCGUUAGCAGCGAAGAAGAAAGGAUCCAAGUUUGAUUGUGACAGGUGCUCCCGAUCGUUUGCUUCACUAAGAGGUCUGAAGAUGCAUCAGAGAAUGCUGCACAUAACGGUUGAAGAGGAACCACAGUCUGAAAGCAGUGAGGAGGAGGAGGAGGAUGCAAAGACAGAAGAGGAUGCCAUGAUUGAGGAGAAGGGAGGCAACGAUAAGAGUAAACAUUGCCCUGUUUGCAAGAAAUCGUUUGUGAGCGUGCGUCAGCUGACAAGGCAUGAAUCCACACAUGCGUCCUGGGAUUGUACGUAUUGCUCCAAGACCUUCAGGACAUCCUGGAUCCUCAAGGAACAUCUCAAUACCCACACGGGACAGCGUCCUUAUCAAUGCACUGAGUGUGACAAGACCUUCAAGAGCCACGGCGCCCUGAGGCGACACACCAUCAUCCACAAAGGCACCAAGCCGUACAGAUGCGAUCUGUGUGAUAUGAGAUUCAGCGAUGGCUCCUCGUUGAAGAGCCACAAGAAACGUCAUGCAGGUGACAAGCAGGUGGAAUGCGACGUCUGCCUGAAGAAGUUCUAUACCGGCUUCCAGAUGAGGACCCAUCGUCUCACCCACGGAGGGCAGGACCACAAGGAAGAAAAUCUCCUGCGUUGCGAGAGUUGCUCCAAAGCAUUCCUCAGCCCAAGUGGUCUCGAAAAGCAUAAAAAGUCUGGGAAAUGUGGAAAGAAAUUCACCUGCCCCUUCUGCACUGACUCAUUCAUUUACAAGUACGAGCGGGAGAAACACAUGGAGACUCACGCUGAGUUUGUGAACAAGGCUGAUAAAGAAGAUGAAGUGACCGAUGGUGUCAAGAAAUCUAAAGUCUUUAAGUGCCCUAUAUGUGAGCAGAAGUUUCCCAAUCUGCGUACCUUCACCAUCCAUCGCAAGAAACACGAGAGAGGAAAGGUCUAUGCAUGUGAAGUAUGCAACAAAGUUUUCUCAACGCCCAUCAGCCUUAAAUAUCACCGGAAACUGCACACGGGUCAAGGACCGAAGUGCUCGGUGUGUGAUAAAACCUUUUACAAUUUGAAGUCCCUCAGGAGGCAUGAACGGAUACACACCGGACAGAAACCUUACAACUGUGGCUUUUGUGAUAAGGCUUUCAGUGACCAAAGUGCGUGUGCCUCACACAUGAGGGUGCACUCGGCAGAGAAGCCUUUCAAAUGUGCCUUCUGCGAUAAGAGUUUCAGACAGAAGGGUCAGCGAACCCAGCACCAGAAGAAGGUACACAAGAUCAAGAUGGAAGAGGGUAAUGAGGCUGAGGGAGAGGUUGUUAGCUCUGAAGAUGGUCCAGUUAUCAUCCCCAACGUCAAGAGGGUGUUCAAAUGUCGCGUCUGUCAAGUGGAGUUUGAAGCGAAAGAGGAGCUGAAGGAACACAAGCUGACCCAUAAGGAACUGGAGAAUGAAGAUGAUGACUACGUUCCUAUAUCGGUCAAGGUUUCCAGACCUAAGAAAGUGGUUGAGACGUUCAAGUGUGACAUAUGCAACAACAGCUUUGCCCAGAAGGCUUAUCUAGAACGUCACAGAAGAGUUCACACGGGUGAGAAGCCCUUUGGCUGCACGCUCUGCGAGAAGAAGUUCUCCGACAUGACUUCCUUGCGUAGGCACAAAUCCAUUCACACUGGAGCAAAGCCCUUCUUGUGUGAUCUGUGUGGAAAGUCCUUCCGUGACAAGUCAUACCUGAACCUACAUAGGCGGAUGCACGCAGGAGACAGGCCAUUUGCGUGUGAGCUUUGCCCUCGGAAGUUUGUACGGAAGAACUUCCUGAAUGCCCACAUGAAGCUCCACCAGGGCAUCAAGCCAAAGAAGCCUCCAGAGAGAUCCUUCACCUGCACCAUCUGCAACAAAGUCCUGAAGACCCGUGCCAGUUACCAAACCCACAAUAGGAUUCAUACAGGCGAGAAACCCUUCUGCUGUACUCUUUGUGGCAAGGCCUUCCCAACGAAACCUCGUCUUAUCAACCACGUCCGUGUGCACACGGGAGAGAAACCCUACGAGUGCGAGACAUGCCACAAAGCUUUCACCGAGCCGGGUACUCUCCGAAGGCACAAGAUCAUCCAUUCUGGCCUGAAGCCCUACAAGUGCGAGACCUGCGACCGAGCCUUUGCAGACAAAAGCGCCCUCAACUCUCAUGUUAAGAUGCACACAGGGCAGAAGUCGCACUCCUGCGAGUUCUGCGGGAAGAUGUUCUGGACGGCCACCAACAUGAGGCAGCAUGCCAAGACCCAUCGCAAAAAGUCCAUGAUUGAGUGUGGGGUAUGUAGCAAGGAAAUCUUUGGACAGGAGAACCUGACAGCUCACUUGGUGGAGCAUGAAGCGGAACAACGCGUUGCCUCUCAAGCUCUGGCUCAGACCAUGAUGGCCGCCCAGGUCAUGAUGGACAAGGUCACAGAGGUGGUCCUCCAGGAAGACGUUGUCACCACCGAGAACAAGGAAUUCCAGUGUGAGGUCUGCGAGAAGUUCUUCAAGACAAAGAAGACACUCCAGAAACACGGUGCCAUCCAUGACGAAGAGAAGCGCUACGAGUGCGACGUCUGCCAGAAGCGCUUCUCCAGGAAAGCUUACCUCGUCAGCCAUUCCACCAUCCAUACGGGAGAGAAGCCAUAUACGUGUGAGGACUGCGGGAGGCAGUUCAGGGACCGAAGCUCUAUGAAGCGGCACAUGAACACCCACAAGGGCAUCAAGCGCUACGAAUGCAACGUCUGUCAGAAGCAGUUCACGGACAAGAGCGCCGCCAACAUCCACCUCAGGAUACAUACUGGUGAGAAACCUUACGAGUGCUAUGAAUGUAAGAUGUGUUUCUCACAGAGUGGACACCUUGUAGAUCAUAUGAUCAAAAGUCAUUGAGUGGUAUUCCCCAAAGUGGACUAACUUUAGUCCAAUCCACCAACUAAAUAUGGAAUACCAAGUGUCCAUAUGAAUAUGUUUUUGAAUAAUUUAAUCUGUCACUUAAUUAAAAUAAAAUGUAUUAAC